UAAUUUUUGUAAUCUUAGUAAAAAAGUAGAAAAAAAAGAAAGAAAAAAAAAGGAAGAAGAAGACCAAAGAAAUUGAAGUGCAUGUGAGGCUGCGUAGGAAAAAUUAGGAAGACUCUAGUCUGGGAGAGACUCUCAGCAGCUAUUUCUUUGUCUUCUUCCUCUUUAAAGAACCUCACUCUCUCUCGUGAAAAAUCCCCAAUUCGUGAAAAAAUUAGGGUUUUUGAAGUUUGAAGAAAGAGAGAAAGAUGAGUGCUUCAAGGUUUAUUAAGUGUGUCACUGUCGGCGACGGUGCUGUUGGAAAGACUUGUUUGCUCAUAUCCUACACUAGCAACACUUUCCCCACGGAUUAUGUGCCAACUGUGUUUGAUAAUUUCAGUGCUAAUGUGAUUGUGGAUGGGAACACUAUCAACUUGGGAUUGUGGGAUACUGCAGGGCAAGAGGACUACAAUAGACUAAGACCUUUGAGCUAUCGCGGUGCAGAUGUCUUCUUACUUGCAUUCUCUCUCGUUAGCAAAGCUAGCUAUGAAAAUGUUUCUAAAAAGUGGGUUCCUGAACUGAGACAUUAUGCUCCAGGUGUUCCCAUCAUCCUCGUUGGAACAAAGCUUGAUCUUCGAGAUGAUAAGCAAUUCUUUGCCGAGCACCCUGGUGCUGUGCCUAUCUCUACUGCUCAGGGUGAAGAACUAAAGAAGCUGAUUGGGGCACCUGCUUAUAUUGAAUGCAGUGCAAAAACUCAACAGAAUGUAAAAGCAGUGUUUGAUGCGGCUAUCAAGGUCGUUCUCCAGCCACCAAAAAACAAGAAGAAGAAGAAGAGAAAAUCUCAGAAAGGUUGUUCUAUACUGUGAUUCAACAAGAAGAAAGGAAUCAACAGGAGAAUUAGAGCUAGAAGUAUCUGUUUUCUCCUUUUUCAUAACUUGUUUACUCAAGGAAUCAAAAAUCUGUUGUUUGUAGUCUGAAAUUGACAAAGUUGAAGAACUAGUAACAAGUAUUUGUAUUCUUGUUUGCAUUUUGAUCUGUAAAUAUACCACGAAUCCUUGAUUUCAUUGUUUCCUAGAUUCUAAGGAUUUUGUUCCAGUUAA